AUGUCAUCGAGCUUUGGAGAGAACGUCGAUCCAUGCGCCGCGGUACGAGCUAUCCUUGGUAGCUACCCAUUUUCGGUUGGGCUGCUAAGAGAGUUAUUACAAAAUUCAGAUGAUGCUCGUGCAUCAAAACAGAUAUUCGUCCUAGAUCAUCGUACCCACGCGACCGACCACAUUCAUCACCCAAGACUAAAACCGACGCAAGGACCAGCCUUGCUCGCCUUUAAUGACGCGAUGUUUCAGGAGGAGGAUUGGGAAGCAUUGCAGAACAUCCACAGAUCUUCGAAGAAAAUGGAUACGUCCAAGAUCGGAAAGUAUGGGAUUGGCUUCCGUUCCGUCUACCACAUCACGGAUUACCCUCAAAUCAUGUCUGGCCCAUACCUCGCCAUUUUAGAUCCCCAGCACAACUUUGCCCGUUCGGGGGGCGUCAAGAUCGAACUUUCCGCAAACCCUUCAACGUACCAAGGUCAUCUAACGACCUUUGACUCACUUUUACCUAGCGAUUGGCAAGGAAAGGAGUUCACUGGCUCCGUCGUCCGCCUUCCCUUACGCAACAGGGAGAGCGAGAUCAGCAACAAGGUCGUCGGGAGUCACGAAAUAUCCCAACUCUUGCAUGACUUCAUCAAA